CAGUUCACAGAGCCGAGGAGCAGCCGGAGCAAAAGCUUAACACAUUUUUCGACAAGAGUUUGGUUGGUUGGUUGACUAGAAUCCAAGAUGGCGAUGUAUGUUGUGAUCCGAGUUUCGCGAGCACGUCAGUGAGCGAAUUUUUGCUGCGGAAAAUCCCACCGGAAGUGUUGAAAAGCGUACGGAUACGUGUCGUAAUUGUAGGAAAAACUGUGCGGAAGUGUUUUCUUUUCCCGGAGUGAAUCAGAGGGGGCGAUUGGAAGUGCUAAUAGAGUUUUUUCCUCCGAUUUCUUCCUCUUGGUUUUGGUGAGCGACGGAAAGAAGAAAAAAUCACUCUUCCUGCGGUCGAUCGGAUUGGAGUUUGGAAGCAGAGGAAGAGGAAACAGAGAAGAAGAUUCCCGUUUGUGUCUGCUGCUUCUGCUUGCGUUCCUCCGCUAGGAUUUCGAACCGCUUUUUCGGUCAGACGCGGAGCGGCCGGAAGAUUUUUCGGGUAGGGUGAAAGUUGUUUCCGGAGGGCCUUCCCAUUUGCCGGCAUCAAAUCUAAUUGUGGUCCGAAAAAAGUGCUAACAUUUCGCGAUUCCAGAUCUUGGUGUGGAAAGAAAAUAUAACCUCGGAGGAAGAUUUUUUUUUCUGGUGAUAUUUUUCUCCCAUGGGAAAGUGCUUUGAACCGGAUUAUUGAUAUUUUGUGCCCACAACGCAAGAGAGAAAAAAACAGACGUCACCGUUUCUCAUUCGAAGGUAUCGCAGGAAUUGACCAGGAUUGGUUUUGGAUACUGAUUGGCAGAUCUGGACCAAUUCCGCUUAUAACCCGAUCUCAUUGUGUGUAAAUAAUUAUCACUAACGUAAUACAAUUCAAACCGGAAAAUAUCUCAUCAAUGGAAUAAAUAGCGACGGAGAAUAUUUUCAACGCAUCAUAUAGUGAAUAUCUGUUGUUAUAAUUAUUCCCAAUCGGAAAGUGAGUUUUGAUAGUGAUUGGAAGAACUGGCAAAAAGCAUAAGAAGUGAAUCUUCGAUAAAAAAGGGAAAAAGAAUAAGCUGCCAGUGAGUGCCCGGAGGUGUAUGAAAUUAUCCAGUGAAUCGAAAUCGUAAGAACUGCCUCGGCAGAGUAUAGUGCGCGAUAGUUUUACGGUCGCAAGCUUUCUUUUUAGUGAUCAACAAUUGAGCAAAGUAUAGGCAAGGUUAGAUACAAAAUUUUAAAGAAGCGGAAGAAAAGGAACUCUUCCAGUCAUCAUCACCACCACCACCACCACCAUCACCAUCGUCAUCAUCCGACGUCAACGGCGGCGACGACGACGACGGCGACGGCAAGUACAAGCAGUAGUAGUGACCAACAGCAACCGGAAGAUACGCCGCAACCCUCGACUAGCGGCGGAAGCAGCAACAACUGUAGCGGCGGCCUCAGCAGACGCAACAUGACAACCGAUACGAGGCGGCGAGUUAAAUUGUAUGCACUAAACGCAGACCGACAGUGGGACGAUCGGGGCACCGGUCACGUCACAUCAAACUACGUCGAUCGAGUCAAAGGUGUCUCACUGCUAGUGCACGCAGAAAACGAUGGCUCAAUGCUGCUGGAAAGCAAAAUCCAUCCAGACACUAUUUAUCACAAACAGCAAGACACACUGAUUGUGUGGAGUGAAGGCGACAAUUUCGACCUAGCGCUCAGUUUUCAGGAGAAGGCAGGCUGUGACGAAAUAUGGGAGAAAAUUUGUCAGGUACAAGGCAAAGAUCCUUCCGUAGAAAUAACACAAGAUGUUGUGGAAGAAUCGGAAGACGAACGGUUCGAGGAUAUGUCGGACUCAGCGCCGCCUAUCGAACUGCCUCCCUGUGAGUUGUCCCGGUUAGAGGACAUCUCGGAAGUGAUCGCCAAUGGACUGACCUCGCAGAUACGGAAGGACAAACUAGCACAAGCGAUAGAGAGUGAAAACUACAUUAAAAAGCUGCUUAAUUUGUUCCACAUGUGCGAGGAUCUUGAAAAUCACGAAGGACUGCAUUACUUGUACGAGAUUUUCAAGAACAUUUUCCUGCUAAACAAAAACGCUCUAUUUGAGAUUAUGUUUGCCGAAGAUACGAUCUUCGAUGUGGUCGGAUGUUUGGAGUACGAUCCUACGGGGAAUCCUCCGAAGCAGCACCGACAGUAUCUUAAACAGUUGGCCAAAUUCCGCGAAGCGAUUCCGAUUCGCAACUCCGAUCUGCUGGCGAAGAUACACCAAACAUACCGAGUGCAAUAUAUUCAGGAUAUUGUCCUACCGACGCCAUCGGUGUUCGAGGAUAACAUGCUGAAUACGCUCUCCUCGUUCAUCUUCUUCAAUAAGGUGGAAAUAGUCACCCUGAUCCAAGAAGACGAAAAAUUCCUCGACGAUUUGUUCACCCUGCUAACGGACCCCAACACUUCGGACGCCAAAAGGCGGGAUAUAAUCCUUUUUCUGAAGGAGUUUUGCAACUUUGCUCAGUAUUUACAACCGCAGAGCAAAGAAACGUUCUACAAAACGUUGAUUAGCCUUGGAAUACUGCCGGCGCUGGAAAUUACGCUGGCUAUCAACGACAAGAAGACGAAGGCUGCGUCGAUCGACAUUUUAACUACGAUCGUCGAAUAUUCGCCGUCGAUUGUGCGGGAUUACACGCUACAGCAGUAUAACAACUCGGACACGGAUGAGGAUCAAACGCUUAUCAAUAUCGCCAUCGAGCAGAUGCUAUCGGACUCGGAACCGGAAUUGGGUGGUGCAGUUCAGCUAAUGGGCGUGUUAAGGAUACUGCUGGAUCCGGAGAAUAUGCUGAGUUCCGUGAACAAGUCCGAGAAGUCAGACUUCCUCAACUUCUUCUACAAGCACAGUAUACAAACGCUGAUAGGUUCUUUCGACCGGUUUGCAGCUCCACUCCUGCUAAACACCCUGACCGAAAAACCCGCCAACGAAGAGUACCACACGGUGCAGCUGCUCGGUCUCGUACUAGAGCUACUGUCGUUUUGCGUUGAGCACCACACCUACCACAUCAAGAACUGCAUCUUCAACAAGGACCUGCUGCGGCGGAUACUGGUACUGAUGAAGAGCACACACACGUUCCUAGUGCUGGGCGCGCUCCGGUUUCUCCGGAAGAUCAUCGCACUAAAAGACGAAUUCUAUAAUAGGCACAUAGUGAAGGGUAACCUCUUUGCUCCAGUGGUAGAUGCCUUCGUGCGGAACAACGGCCGAUAUAAUCUGCUUGAGUCCGCCAUCCUGGAGCUGUUCGAGUUCAUCAAGAUCGAGGACAUCAAAUCGUUGUAUACGUACUUUGUAGAGAAUUUUGGAAAAAUCUUCGACGAUGUCCAGUAUGUCCAGACGUUCAAAACGCUUAAGAAUAAGUACGACCAACAACAGGACCGACUGAAGGAGAAGGAGAAGGGAAACCUCGAUAGUGUACCAUCGAUUUUGCGGAAUAGUAACCGAUACCGGCGGGAUCAGAGGCAGCUAGACGAAGAGGAGGAGAUUUGGUUCAACGAGGAGGAAGACUUUGCCGAAACGAACAAGGCCGGAUCGCCGGAACUGGACACUAGCCUAGGUAAAAUCUUCGACAAGAAAUCAUCCCCCGAAUCGUCCCCGUCAGCCACCUCCGUGAAUGGCCCCAAGUACAGUAGUAGUAAUAGUAGCAAUACGACCACAUCGCAACAACAGCUAUCCACGUUACAGACGCACUCCACACCACUGAACAACAACACUGACAUUAAGAGUAAUAGUACGACAUCGUCAUCCGUGGCGGCCACGGCCGAUGAUGAAGAAGAAGAUUCGUCCAUUCACCACCACCAUCAUCAGCAGCAGUCACUACUAGGUAUAACUUUGGUCAAUUCAACGACGGCGACGUCGUCUUCCACUUCGCUGUCGGAUUCCUCAUCCACUGGCGUCCUGGCGGAGGAAGUUCCGCUCGUCGACUCGUCGGCGGUUCUGUACUCCACCAGUGGCCCCGCUGGUCUUGUCUCGCAUGAAACACCUGCCGCUUCUACGUCAACGACGACGAGUAUGGACGAUCAGUCACCUGCCUCGACAGAACCCGUGGUUGACGAAGAUCCCAGCUGUAGUAGUGUUACGCAACUUCCACAAAAUUCCACAGUCAGUGAUAGCGACCACAGUGCUGUUGCCAACAGUUGUACCAGCACGUCGCCAAUUUCUACUACUGGGACGGAAGCCGUUGAAUCUCUCGAUAACAGCAACCUGGAGGCAUCGAAACGGCUAGCUGAUGAUGCAAGCCGGGACGGCGAGGAUAACGCAUCAUCGUCCUCAUCGGCAUCUGAAUCAUGUGAAGAUGUGAGGCAAGCGGAACAGAACUGUACCGGAAGCGUUGGCGACGCGCUGGAGGGUGGAAAUUCCUCGGUCAACUGCAGUAAUGGUGAUAUCAGUGGAUCGUCUACGACGAUAGCCGCCGUGUUGGAUUCUGCGCCGGACGUAGUGGCACCGACGGACGAGACGCCCAGUUCCACUGCGGUCGUGAGCAGUCUUAAGAAGCGUCUGGUGGACUACGAGGGCGAUUCUGACGACGAGGAAGACGACGACGAUAGUGAUAGUCCGGCUGUGAAAAAGGCCAAGGUGGCAUAGCAUCUUAGUCACAAACACCAUCGUCGUCGUCGGGCCAAAUGCCAUCGCCAACCGGAUCCACAGCUACUGUCCCCCCAUAGCCACAACCACCCCCAUCAUAACCAUCAAUAUCAUCAUCACGACGAAUCUCGUUGCGAGUUUGCCGCCGAUGUUGACCCUAGUGGUAACACCGACAGCGAAAGCGACGAGGACGAAGAUAUGUCUACGAUGUUAUCAGUCUCGCUAGCUGCUACUACACAACCACAACCAGCAACUGAAACAACAAAUUAUGCAUAAUUCUUAUAAAUACAUGUGUAACUAGAGGUAAUAAUUUGCUAAUUUAACGACAACCGAGGGCAAAGAAAAAGAGUGGGAGAAUAGAUUAAAAAAGAAGAAAAUCAACAAAAAGAUAUCCAAAAAUCAGCUCUUUGUUAAAUCAAAGAUGGAGCAGAAGUAGAAGAGUCUUUCGGGGCAAGUGGAUAGGAACGAUAACCAUUUUAAUUAUUAUAUUGAAUAAUAAUUGAAGCUGUAAUUUAAUGAGAACAAAAAAGAUAAAGAAAAACUGAAUAAGAUUAAGUCUUAAUGCUAUAACUAAACAAAAAAACAUAUUACUACAACAACUGCUAUUAGGAGGUGAGAUCUAGUGUCAAACUUUUCCGAAGGCCACAGAUAGAAACACAAAUAGAAACAGUUUCGGUGUGUUACUCUACUGUAUGUGAAAAGUGAGAGAUGCUAAUUGGGAAGUAUAAAAUUUGUAAAACAAUAUUAUUGUUUUGAAAAAAUGAAUCGAAAAAGUACCCAAAAAAAACAGGAAAAGCUUAUUUUCAAUUCGAAAAGAAUAAAGCUAAAAACAAACUGACGGACACUGUUCAGAUGGUAACGAACGCAAAGCUGCUAAAUUAAAUGUAGGAACAACAGUUUAUCGACACUUGACAAACUCAACAAAUUUUUAUGCGAUCAAAACAUAAGAUACUUGAAACGGCAAGUCGCUGAAAACGCUCGAAGAAUGGAAAACAGAGCGAGAGAGGCGAAUGGAAUGCGUUUCACGUAACUAACAUUGGACAUAUUCAAAUAAACUAAAAAACAACAUCAAUAAAAGUGUAAUUGAAAGUGGCGUUAAGCAAAGGAUAAAAAAAUGUUAUAAAUUUAUUGAAAAAACGAAGCAAAACAAGUGGCGAAAGCUAAAAACUGGAACUAGAUUGUAAGACAAGGCAAGCGAAAGUGAGAACGUGGGUCAGCUGGAAUGGUCUGUUUUCCCUAUCUGCUUUGAGGAAAAUCCUUCUUUUCGCCAUUGGUGUAAAUUGAUGUGCUCGGAUCCUCGUUUCCUGUACCGUCAUGAUGUGAUUGUUCCAUAACGUUUCAUUUUCUCUAAAUUAUUUCGACCCUUAAGAUGUGGACCUCAUCCUGGAAGGGCUUUUAUUUUGUCAGACUGGAUGAUCCGGGUGGAGGGCAGAAAGAAAAAAAUAAUACCAUAGCUUUCUUUUUGCUCUCCACUCUUAUGUGACCUCGAAUUGGAAUCAAACGAUAAACCUUUUGAAAGGCAUCUCUCUUUUCUACUCUGUUUUUAGUAUUCGGAGAGAUGUCUUCCAAGACUGUUUUUAUCCAAACUGAGAAUCCUAUUUUUUACUGUAAAUAGUAGUUACUAAACUGUAAUUAGCAUAAGAACACAUUUCGUAUAGAAGAAUAAAAAAAAGUGUACAGUCGACCUAGGCUGAUAUUGUACAUCAUCCGAUAUUGGUUGAAAUUUAUUAGUUCUUUGAAAUUACGUUGACGCUUCCAUCAAAAUGCAAAAUAAUUAUUUUUUUUUUGUCUCAAAAACUCACCGAUACCGUGUGAUGAAUGUUCAAGUGUCCAAAACAUCAUAUUAAUAACAAUUUUCGGGAAUACUCUCAAAAUAGAAGAUCCUUCCAUGAUGAUUCAUUUCCUAAUCGAAAACGAUUUUUAAGUUUUACCAUCUCAUCUCACAGAGGCCACUGUGUGAGACAAAAUCAGACCUAUUGACAAAGGCACUCAUACGCCCUUCAACCAAACACUCCACAGACUGUUGUUCAUUCAAGAGAAAGAAAAAUGUAAGGAAUCGAAUCGUGAAAUGAACAUGUGACAGUAGUGUGUGCAACAGGAAAAAAAGCCACAGAAGAGGUGCACAGUUCUUUCGUGGAGCAAAAACGAGCAUGGACGAAUUAGAGGGAUUUAGGGAAAUAACAAUACUUUUUACACACAGAUGAUGAAAAAAAAAGUGUACGAAGGAAAAUAAUAUACAAAAAUCUAAAAAAAUCAAA